ACAAUGGCAGAAAGUGGCUUCCAUAACCUACCAUCUGAAGCUUUCAUGUUUGUUACAUAUUACAAAAACAUAUUGUGAUCCCACAUUUCCUUGCACAUUUAUUAAUUAUUUAUUGUGACCUGAUCAGAUCAUGUUACAGAAAGAUUUUGAAGCAAACUGAAGCUGGUUGCAGUGAUAGACAGAGUCAGGGUUGUGUACAGCAGAAGAGAGAAAUAUGAACCUGUGUUUGGAGGCCCAUCAUGUCAAAUCCAUCAUGUUAAGGAUCAAUGCCAGCAGAGAAACCUGUCCGGUAACCGCUUAGCUUCACAUCCAGCACCCAGUGUGUUUACCACCACUGAAAACUUCCCCAAUUUAAACUAAAUAAAACACAUUAAUGCAGUUAUUUCACUUUCACUCUAUCCACACAUGUCUCUGCUUACUUGAACAACACUGUCACAUUUAAUACACAUUACUUAUAGAUAUUUUUUAAGACAAAAUGUGAGGAAAACUCGCUGCGAGUAGUCCAAAAUGACAGUACAUCCGAAUGGUUUGAAGCCUCCUGUAAUCAAAUAAACGAGUCCUCGUCGCCAAACAUGAGCUCAGUGUGAAGUGGAGAAGGUUUGCUCACCACUACAGUAAGAAUUUUGUUUUAAAACGUUUAUCUUUUAUGAAUUUUAUCCCCAAAUUGUGGAAGAGAAAACACAAAGUGUUGCCACAUUUGCAGCAGGUCAGCGGAGCGGCUGUCGAUUGACUCUCCACGGUUCUCAUCUGAUUUAUAAGUCCCGCCUCCUGCCCGAGCAGGAACACAGUAGACUGUAACGCGACAGAGAAAGAGACAUAGACAUGGCAGAAGAAGCUCCAGCAGUUCCCGCGGCGAAAGCCCCGGCCAAAGCUCCAAAGAAGAAGGCAGCUCCCCGGGUAAAGAGUGACGGGCCCUCCCUCCCGAAGCUCAUCCUUGACGCCGUGACUGAGUCCAAGGACCGUAAAGGCACCUCGCUUCCGGCUAUCAAAAAGACGUUGGCCACCAAAGGCAUCGACCUGGAAAAAGCCAACAAACGCAUCAACACCGCGGUGAAGAAGCUGGUGACCGACGGUAAACUGGUCCAGAAUAAAGGGAUUGGGGCUUCCGGAUCCUUCAAGCUCCCCAAGGCUCAGCCUAAAGCCGCCAAAACAGGCAAGAAAGCUCCCGUUAAGGUGAAGAAACCCGCUGCCAAGUCCCCGCAGAAGAAAACCGCAGCUAAGAAAACUGCAGUGAAGAAGACCGCAGCCAAGAAAACCGUCGCUAAGAAACCAGCAGCCAAGAAACCAGCAGCCAAGAAGUCUCCUGUGAAGAAAGCGGCCAAGAAGCCAGCAGUGAAAUCUACUCCCAAGAAGGCUGCUCCUAAAAAGGUCGCAAAGAAGAAGACUCCUGUGAAGAAAGCUCCGGCAAAGAAAGCUGCAGCGAAGAAGUCCAAGAAGUAAAGUGGCUCUUUAACCUGCACUCAGUGCACCAAAAGGCUCUUUUAAGAGCCACCACAGAUUCACAAGAGAGCUGUUUUCCUACAA